AGUUAGGGAAUAAAGAUGAAAAAUGAACAAACCCCCCAUGGACUAUCCGAACACUUUUCUCAAAUAAAAAGUGUAGGGACUAUAACCAAUAACCUGAAUACCAAAAGGACCAUUACAAGCCCAUUCUUGAUACUUAAGAAUCAACAUGAUCAAUCAUUUUUUGUCUACAAAUACCAAAAAAAUCACAGAUCUAAUUACUCCUCUUUCUCCUUUCCAAGAACCACAUUCACCAAGAAGCACCAACCCACUUCUCCCAAACGCCGCCUCCACAAAAAGAUAAUGGCUGGAAGUAUUGAUGUGAUGUUGCGUGAGCUGAAUUUGGAAUCUGUUGAAUCUUUGCCGGAUGAUUUUGAUCCAACGGCUGUGAUUAAGGAUCAUGUGCCACCUGUGAUUAAUGGUGACAAGUUGGGAAAUGGGAAGGAGCAGGUGAGGGAGAUUGUGUUGGGUAGGAAUGUUCAUACUAGCUGUCUUGAGGUGACUGAGCCUGAUGAUGAUGAUGAGGUGACUGGUGAAAGAGAGGCUCAAAUGGCUAGUGUGUUGGCUAGAUAUAGGAAGUCUUUGCUUGAGAGGACCAAACAUCAUUUGGGUUACCCUUAUAAUCUGGACUUCGACUAUGGUGCGUUAUCUCAGUUGCAACAUUUCUCCAUUAACAACCUCGGAGACCCGUUCAUCGAAAGCAAUUACGGGGUCCACUCCCGGCAGUUUGAGGUUGGUGUUUUGGAUUGGUUUGCUCGUUUAUGGGAGUUGGAAAAGAACGAGUAUUGGGGUUACAUUACAAACUGCGGAACUGAAGGCAAUCUUCACGGCAUUUUAGUCGGGAGAGAAGUUUUUCCUGAAGGGAUUCUAUACGCUUCAAGUGAAUCACAUUAUUCUGUUUUCAAAGCCGCAAGAAUGUACCGAAUGGACUGUGAAAAAGUCAACACGCUUAUAUCCGGGGAGAUCGAUUGUGAAGAUUUUCGAGCUAAACUGUCUCUUCACAAGGAUAAACCGGCAAUUAUUAACGUUAAUAUAGGGACAACUGUGAAAGGAGCUGUUGAUGAUCUUGAUCUGGUCAUAAAGACUCUUGAAGAAUCGGGAUUCACAGGUCGAUUCUAUAUUCAUUGUGACGGGGCAUUGUUUGGUCUGAUGAUGCCUUUUGUUAAACUUGCACCAAAAGUUUCUUUCAAAAAACCAAUCGGAAGCGUGAGUGUUUCGGGUCAUAAAUUCGUCGGGUGUCCAAUGCCAUGUGGUGUUCAAAUAACACGCUUAGAACACAUCAACGCGCUUUCAAGAAACGUCGAGUAUCUUGCUUCUAGAGAUGCAACAAUCAUGGGAAGCCGCAACGGUCACGCCCCAUUAUUCCUAUGGUACACCUUAAACCGUAAAGGAUACCGCGGUUUCCAAAAAGAAGUCCAAAAAUGUUUGCGAAACGCGCACUAUUUGAGGGGCCGUUUGACGAGUGCCGGGAUCGGUGCAAUGCUGAACGAGCUUAGUAGUACCGUCGUUUUCGAACGCCCGCAAGAUGAAGAAUUCACAAGAAAAUGGCAACUUGCUUGUCAAGGAAACAUUGCACAUGUUGUAGUGAUGCCAAAUAUUACAAUAGACAAGUUGGAUGAUUUUGUGAACGAACUUAUCGAGAAACGCGCGGUUUGGUACAAAGACGGGAAGCGUAAACCGCCUUGUGUUGCGUCGGAUAUCGGCCAAGCUAAUUGUCUAUGCGAGUUGCACAAGUGAUCAUUUUUAGCGUCUCGAUAAACGAUUAGCACGAUGUUAUUUGUUAUGUUGUGUUGAAGUCGUGUUGGUGGUUGUAACGUAUUGUUAUGAUUAUUAUGUUGACGAUGUAGUCCAAUAUGAGGCUUGUAUGUGUCGUUGUGUUGGUAUUACUAUAUAAGAUUGUUGUGAGUUAAAUGCCAUUUUAGUCCCUGUGGUUUGGGAUAUUUUGCCA